AAGGAAUAGCAUGGAGUUAGGAGAGUUAAGAAUCAGGAGUAGGAAGGAUUAGAAUGACAAGUCUCUGAUUCCAAAUUAAAAAAUAAAAUCAUGAAAAAAAAAUACUACACAUCACUUACAAUCUUACAAUCCAUUUGUUUGAGCAAUAGAACUCAAAACAAAAACACAUUAAUUACUUUUGUCCACCGUAAUAAAGAAAGAACAAAAGUUCAUACUUUAUUUAGAAAGACAAACUAGCCAAUAAUUAAAAAUAAGAAAACAAAAACAAAUGGAGAAGAAGGUUGUUAUUAAUGGGCACAUAUGGGUAUGACUGUUGGGCAGAGAUGGCGACGGUUGUUGCAUGAUGACGAUGGUGAAGGCGACGAUUGUUGUGCUAUGGCGCAACAAGGUGAUGACUUGAGGAAGAAGGGAUGAUCGUGAGAAACUUAUUCAUCGAAGUUGUUCUUCUUCAUGUAUAUUUUGUGUUAUUUUAUUAAAUUUUAAGGUUAAAUUUUUGUUGGAUACUGGAGAAAAAAACUCGAUAAAGAGAAGCUUCAAAUUUGAAUUAGGAUGAAUAUCUUCAUCUUCCAUGUUGGAGUCGGCGGUGGAUGUGCUUGAGGAGAAAAUAGUUUUUUUUUUUUUAAGUUCUUUUUAUCUUUUAAAAUUAUUUAAGUAAUGAAUAUUUUAUUUUUUGUUAUUAGAUUUUUUUAUUUUUUAAAAUUAUAAAAUAAUGAAUAUUAUAUAUUUUUAUUAUUAUAUGUGCGCGGGAUACUCACGCAUGAACUAAAGCACUUAUUAGAGGGGUUGAUGACAUUUUUUGCAAGUAUACAGGGCAAUUGGGCCAAGAAAUUAAUUUUGAAGGGAUUUGGACAUAACUAACAAGUUCAGGGGCUAAUUUGCUACUUAAGCCCAAACUAGACACAAAUUCUAUUCUCAUUUCAUCCCAAACUCCCAUCAACCCUCUCAUCUCAAGCCUCCACCAGUUCGCCACCCUCACAAACCCUCAAUGCCGUCGUCAGCCUUGCUGUCUUUCCGUCGCUGUUGCUGACGUCGCCGCUGAUGCCAUUUCCGUCGCCCUUGCUGCAGCCGUCGUAGCCCUAGCUGCAGUCGCCUCCACCCUUGCUGCCGUCGCUGUCGCUGCUGCCCUCUUCUCAGCCGUCUGCUCCAGCCUUUGAAGUUUGUUUGAACAGGGAUUUGAAGUUGGAAUCUAUACUAGGUGAAAAUUUACAUGAUUAAUACUCUAUUAUCAGAUUGCUAGUGUAGUUCCUCUCACUUAUGCUCAAGUAGUGGAACAGGAAUUCAACUUGCUUCUGAAAUUAAAUAUGAAAAUUGACAUGUUUUCCUAUCGGUCCUAUUAUCUUUUCCUUUUCUUGUGAAAUCAGAUCUGUGCGUAAAUGAAUGGGUCAAUUAUUAAUAAGAUAAUAAUGUGUGUACAUUAUGGACUGGUUCAAGAGCUGUAUUUAUGACCUUUUUAUUGCUGUUGGUUUCAUGUCUUAUUCUUGCUUACGAACAAGAAAAAAGUGUUUAGUAGUUCUAUUAUUUCUUGGCAGAUACGAAAACAUGGUCCUUAGAAAUCAUAUUUCAUAGCAGAAUCAGUAAAUGGAUUUUUAAUUUUUAGAUCAUAUUAUGAGAGUUUUUCUUUUCUUUCAACUAAAUCAAAAAAUAUUUAAACUGAUUUUACUAUCAUAUGCAAAUGAUAAAAAUAUUAUUUUUAUUAAAAAGUUAAGAUUUUUCAUUUGAACAAAUAUAUUGGUUGAUCUUUUGGAAUUUAGUUUUGGUUAAGAAAGAGUACACAAAUUAUUUACUAAAAGAAAAGAAUAUUAAGAAGAAAAAGGGUUGUUAGAAUAUGCUGAUCUUUCUAAUUUCCAAGCUGAUUUGUCUAUUUCAUCUAAUGAUUCGAGUAUUAAUUUGUGCGGAAGAUUGGCUUCGUGCUUUUUAUGGUUUCAAGAGGAAAGCAAAAGUGAGUAUAUUAAUACUUUAUACACUUAAAGUCGAAUAUAUGAUUUUCAUACAGUCAUAUUUCUUACUGACUUUUUAAAUUUUCUAUGUGCAUUUAAAAGGUCAAGCCAGAUAUUCAAGAGUUUUCACUAACUGAAAAGCUUUGUUAAUACAUAAACAAAUUUGAUGAAUAUUAAGUGCAGAGGCGAAUUUGCCAUGGAGAACUCUGAUGAGGAGAAAGAUGGAGGUUUUGGGAAUUAUAUGCCUAAAGAACUAAGUAUGAGUGUAGCUAAUGGUACCAAAUUUGUAGAUGAAGUACUAGCUGGUCAAAGUGACCGUUGUUUGGAAAAUUUCCGCAUGGAUAAGCAGGUAUUCUACAAGUUAUGUGACAUUUUGCAAGCCAAGGGCCUGCUACGCCAUACAAAUAGAAUCAAGAUUGAGGAGCAAUUAGCCAUCUUCCUAUUCAUUGUUGGGCAUAAUCUGCGUACAAGAGCUGUCCAAGAGUUAUUCCGGUAUUCAGGAGAAACGAUAAGUCGUCAUUUCAACAAUGUUUUGAAUGCUAUUAUGGCAAUUUCAUUAGAUUUCUUUCACCCUCCAGGAUCUGAUGUUCCAUCAGAAAUCUUGGGAGAUCCUAGAUUUUAUCCUUAUUUUAAGGAUUGUGUGGGAGCAGUUGAUGGCAUACACAUACCUGUUAUGGUUGGUGUGGAUGAACAAGGGCCCUUUCGCGACAAGAAUGGAUUACUUUCUCAAAAUGUUUUGGCAGCUUGCUCAUUUGAUCUCAAGUUUCAUUAUGUUCUAGCUGGCUGGGAAGGCUCAGCAUCAGAUUUGCGAGUUCUAAACUCAGCUCUUAAAAGGCGUAACAAGUUGAUGGUCCCUGAAGAUAAGUACUAUGUUGUUGACAGCAAAUAUGCAAAUUUGCCAGGCUUUAUAGCCCCAUAUAAUGGGAUUCCUCAUCGAUCAGAUGAAUAUUCCAGUGCUUAUCAUCCUCAAGAUCCCAGAGAACUAUUCAAUCAAAGGCACUCACUAUUGAGAAAUGCCACUGACCGUAUCUUUGGGGCUCUGAAGGCACGAUUUCCUAUAUUGAUGUCAGCUCCACCCUAUCCUUUACAGACACAGGUUAAGUUGGUUGUAGCAGCAUGCGCAAUACACAAUUAUAUUCGUAGGGAGAAACCAGAUGAUUUAAUUUUUAGAAUGUAUGAACAUGAUAGUAUAUUACAAAUGGAAGAGUCAUUGCCCCCACUAGAGAUGGAACAGCCAAUGAUGCAGGUAGAGGAACAGGCUCUGGACAUCGGUUUUGACACAGAACAGCUUGAAUUUAGUUCACAGUUGCGAGACUCUAUUGCCAGCAGUUUGUGGGAUGACUAUAUUCGUGAUCUGUCAGCUAUGUAAAUGGAUUCUUUUGAGGUUUUAGUUUCAGGAUAGUGUUGGAAUUCUUUUCAAGAUGGGCUUGUAAAGAAAAAGGCUUUUACUUCUCGGUGUACAUUGGCAUUUUGUCUAUAACGAUAUGAAAUAUAUUGGUAGAUAUAAUUUUACCAGUGCUUGCUAUGUAAAAAUGUUUGCAAGCUUGGCAGGCCUGAA